CGGAGCGGCUGCGGCGGCGGACCCCCCAGGCGGGCUGGGGUUGAGCCCGGUGCCGGGGCGGGGGCUCCGGGGGGACCAUGCCCGGAGGCCGGCCGGCCGCAGCAUGGCUCACGGGCCCGGCGCGCUGAUGCUCAAGUGUGUGGUGGUCGGCGACGGGGCGGUGGGCAAGACGUGCCUACUCAUGAGCUAUGCCAACGACGCUUUCCCGGAGGAGUACGUGCCCACCGUCUUCGACCACUACGCAGUCAGCGUCACCGUAGGGGGCAAGCAGUACCUCUUGGGACUCUAUGACACGGCCGGACAGGAAGACUAUGAUCGGCUGAGGCCUUUAUCUUACCCCAUGACUGAUGUCUUCCUUAUAUGCUUCUCUGUGGUGAAUCCAGCCUCGUUUCAGAACGUGAAAGAGGAGUGGGUGCCAGAACUUAAGGAAUACGCACCGAAUGUCCCCUUUUUAUUGAUAGGAACUCAGAUUGAUCUCCGAGAUGACCCCAAAACUUUAGCAAGACUGAACGAUAUGAAAGAAAAACCUAUAUGUGUGGAACAAGGACAGAAACUAGCAAAAGAGAUAGGAGCGUGCUGCUACGUGGAAUGUUCAGCUCUAACCCAGAAGGGUUUGAAGACUGUUUUUGAUGAGGCUAUCAUAGCCAUUUUAACUCCAAAGAAACACACAGUAAAAAAAAGAAUAGGAUCAAGAUGUAUAAACUGUUGUUUGAUUACGUGAGAAACAUCUUCAGUGGCCAAGGAAACUGUUCAUUUCUCUCUAAGAAAGCAAAUGAAAUGCUACAGCUCUACCCAGACCUCUUAUAAAUACUGAAGCAGUUUAAAACUUGAAAGAAAAAACAACAACCUUGUCCUCAGAAUUCUAUCAAGUUCAUGAAGAAUGUUUCUUACAGGUCCAAGAAGCAGCAAGCAGCAUCUGAAGCCACAAUCUAUUAUAAAUACUUUAUUUCAACUAGAAGGUACAAUCUCUCAGGGGUUUCAUAGUUUAAAAAGCUACAAUCACAUCAUGUAACUACAUAAAAACCAGUGCUGUAAAUGGGACUGCCUGGCUUAGACCAUGUACAUUUCUGCACAGUCCUUAUGAAAUCUGCACAAAAACUCUUCCUGUGUUCCAGUUAAUUGUUCUUGUAUGUAAGUUGCUUUCUGUUCCAGUAUAUCCAGAGUGGCGAAAUAGCAAGGCCAGCCACGUAGCCACAGGUCGCUCCAAGCGUACAGGAGAUGGGCCAUACCUGAGAAGAGAAUGUAGGAGAUCAAAAGAGAACAAAUGUUUUAUUAUUACUUGAGCACAAGUUAAGUAUAACCUAAAUAUUUCUAUAUUAAAGCUUAAUACGCUUUCUUAAAGAAUGCCAAAAGUAUAAUAAGGUCAUACUACAUUCAUCAUGAACACUAAAAAUGUACACAUUUUAGUUCACGUGCAUUCAGCUGUAACAAAGCUUCUGGCGACUGUAGAUUUAGUUUGAUGCUCCCCAAACUGCAUGAGAGACAUGCUAAAAUUACAGAUUAAAAUUUUGGGUCAGACUUUGCCAUAAUCUUGGACUCAAUUUAGCUCUCUGAAGUUGGUAAUUUUGUUUGUAAUGUCCACACUGACUUGUAUAUCAAAUGAAAUGAGAAGGAUGUAUGAUGACCAAGCCACAAGAAACUUUAACUUGUGUUAAAAAGACCUAGAAUUCAAUCAUGUUGCAUGGAAUUUAUAACAAAGCAAUUGUUUCCAUUAUAAAACUGAUGUCACCUUUCAGAUACAGGUAUUGGAAUCAGCAGAAGUUACAGAACCACAACUUAAGUCAAACACCUAGAUUGUAAGUUAAACAAAAGACUGGCUUCCUGUACCCACUUCCCCCAGCCACAAUCACACCAAGCCAGAAGUAAAUAGUGUUGAUUUAUUCCAUUCACAAGCAGUACAUAUUGGUCCCUAAGUGAAAGGCCCUGUUU